AUGGCAGACCAAGAACAAUCCUCAUCUCAAGGCUCUUCAACUCAUUCAAAUAAAUUAAAACCAGAAAUCAAAACUUCAACUGAACUCGAAGGAUCUAGUCAGGCAAGCUCUGAAAGUAAAGCAUCAAGGACUGAUAAUCAAGAAAGCUCAGAUGAUUCAUUAGAUCAAACCCAAAAAGGUUCGGAAAACGAUCCAGAUUCAUCAGAUGAAACCACAGAAGAUGUCGGGAAUAAAGAACAUCCAAACGAUUCAUUCAACCAAAUCGGAACAGAUCCAAUUCCGAAUACCUUAUCCAAAAGACCUGAACUAGAUUGUAAAGUAGCCAAUAGGUUUAUAAACCAUUCAAUUUCAUCAUCAUCAACAUCAUCAUCAAGUACGUGUAAUGGACCUAAACGAAAAUUAAACCAAGAUGAAAUAGAAGAUAGAUUGGAAAAUGGUAGGAUCGGUGUUAAAGUUUGUUUACCUGAGAUUCGACAGGUUCUUAAGGGUGGUGGUUGGAAUGAUGAAGAAAGUGAUUCGAGUGAUGAUGAAGAUUUAAAGGUUUUUGAUUGA